AUAAAAAAUGUGUUCAAUAUUAGACGUUUUUGUGUUCAAUAUUAUUGCUAUGCAGGAUUGGUAAUGUGCUAAUUGCAAAGUUAUUACAAAUGGAUUUUUGAAUCUGUAUGGAAUGUGAAUUUCUGUCAACUGCACUUGAAAAGUUACAUUUUUGACAUAUGAACGAUAUGCUAAGCGUGACGUGCUUCACAUAGAUGUUGAUCUUUCUUGGUUAUUGUUUGGCUAAAGAAGUAUGGAACAUGUAAAACAUGUUGGAUUGGGGUUGGUGAUAGAACAAAUUUAAAGUCAACUAUAAUGAAUGGGCUUGAUAACUAUAUUUCUCUUAAGAGAAUUUUAAAAUGAUUCAAUUUCUUCUCAACGCUUAGGAAAAUCACCUACCGAUUUUCAAGUCCUAUGAGAUGGACGUUAUUAUGCCCUUACAUCUUUAACGAUAUACCGUUUGUAACGUUUUAAAUGUGUUGGUUUAAGAAUUCAUCUUGGGGAAAUUAAAAUUUCCAUUUCUGUGAUUUAUUCCUUUUCUAAAAUCUUUGGACACAACAUAUUAUUUUUACUGUUUGUAUAUGAGUGUAAAUUCCCUCAUAACAUCGCUCAUUUGAUCAGGCAAGAUAUAGAUAGUUUUGAUGUGUAUUUUUCACGGUUAUGGUCUCUUUGAGUGAAUAUUACAUUGUUACUGACAUUUUAUUUUAGUCACUUGCUCAUCGCCAUAUACGAUUUACUUUCUUCGACUUUAAUUAGCGCACUAACUCAGAAUAUCGAAUGAACAACCACGACUUUGACAAGCUGGCAUCUUUUGGUCACAUUUUGCUCUCUUCACGUUGCAUUAUGGAUGAAAUUGUUUGAACACAAGCCUUUUGAUGCAAAAGCUGUCUUGGGAUUUGGUAUACUAAAUGGAAUAUCCAUCGGACUUCUGAAUCUUGGCUUAGGUUUUAAUUCUGUUGGUUUCUAUCAGAUGACAAAGCUAGCAAUCAUUCCAUAUACCAUUCUUUUGGAGACAUUAUUCUUUAGAAAGCAGUUCAGGACUCUUUUGCUUAGCGGAAUUGCGGGUUCAAUUGUAUACCACUAGUCGCAGCCUAAUAUGAAAACAAGUGUUAAGAUCAUUCAUGCUAGGUGAGUUUCUUUCAUUUUAUCGAUUAAUAUUAAUAAUCAAUCGAUUUUUUUAACUUUUUAUUUUAUUUUUGGUAAGUGCGUUGGAUCUUAAUUUGAAAACAGAAAUCUGGGCUCACACAAAGUCGUGUUGAUAGUUUUGGAUGGUUGUGUUGGAAAAUGACUGGUAGCUAUGCAUUCAUGAAUUUGUUUGUCCUUAUUAUGAAGCUCACAGACCUCACAGUGCCUUUCCGAGCUCUUUUGCAUCUCAUUAUGCUGUCUUUCAGAUUAGGCUGAGUUUGUUUAGCAACAAAAAAACAAAAACUUCUUGAGAUUUUCAACUCCUUUUAAGCACCAAAGCAGCAAGAAUGUUUGAUGGUUUGGAGGGAGUUUGUCGUAUUUUAUUCUGUUUCCAGUAAGGAUUUAUGUUAUAAAUGCCAAACCCCAUGAUAACAAGAUGUGUCUCACCAAUUCUGCAAAAUGUCUUGAGCCAGUAAGGAUUCAUUUUUUCUCCCCCUACAUUUCCUACUAUAAGAAGCUCUGGGAUUUUUAAUGCUUUCCUUUUGUCUCCCUAUUCUUUUUGCAUUUUUGUAGAAAUGAUUCCCUCUGUAAAUGUUCUUAGUCUGGUCUAAUUUCUAGCUCGAAAAUUGAUUAUGCGGCCGGUGAUACUUCAUCUUUAGAAGUAGGUACUUCUGGGCAGAUCUCUUCAGUGAAACUAUAAACUUGGGUUAUGUGAAUAUGCAGAAAGGUUGUGAACAUAUUAUUGCAAAAACCAAAUGUAUUUUCUUAUCUUUUUUUUUUAACUUCUGCCUAUAGCUUUUUAAUGUUUGUUGCUGAUAUGGAAUGUAUUGGUUU